CAAAUUUUCAAAGUGGAACUUUCGUACAUUUGAAACGUACUUUCGAAAUACACAGAUAGUUUCAUUAACAAGCCAUCUCAUGUCUUCUCACGUAAUCAGAGAAGAUUAUGUUUGUUCCUAUGAUCGAGCAAUAACAACAAAUGACACAGUAAGUUAUCAACGUUGUGAAUUAAACAGCUCAUCAACAAACGAAAUAAUAAAUCAAGAGACCGCGAAUCGUGAAAAACAGGAAGUGGUAGGUUCACCAGACGAUAAAUUUUUGGCACGUUCACUAGUAAAUGACGUUACUCAAGAUGCAUUCAAAGCGGAACUUAGGAAAGACAAUAAAAUACUUCAUUUAAGCAAUGAUCAGAAUAAAAUUGAAUUAAAUUUAGCAGAAGAUGAAACAUAUGACUCUGAUGACUCUAAUGCAUAUGUGAGAAGACGUGUGGCAGAACUCAACUUGGAAUUAUCGAAGGAAAAAGAAUAUUUUGCUGAUAACUAUGAAAAAAAGACAGGACGUGUAAAUUUUCAUCCACAACUUUUUUAUUCACGGAUAAUAUGCCAGAAUAGUUGUGAAGAUUUAAAUGAUUUCAGCGAAGACGAAAUAAACGAGUUGAAGAAAUUAAGUCAUAAUGAUGAUGAUGAUACAAUGAAUAAGUCAAUUAUGAACGCAAAUCCAAAAUAUUCCCAACAGCGGACGUCUGUUAUACCAGGACCUGUUAAUAUCAGUGAAAAUAACUUAGGCGGAUAUGAGUCUCUCAUCUCAAAAGAAAGUAAUGUAGAAGAGGCCGACAAAAAUUUUAUUGACAGUAAGUUAUCUAUGAAAGGUUUGAAGAUUAAAAGUUCUCUCUGA